AUGCCUGUUCAGUUGCUGAAGAUCAUUAAAGGAGAAUCUGAGAUUCCACUACCAAGUCACUUGCAGAAAGAGGAGUUAAAAUGCUUGCAAGAAGGAAUUGAUUAUACCAACAAAUACUUUCAGGGAACAGUUGUUCUUUCCUAUGCAGUAACGAAACUCAGAGAUGGGACAGACUUUUUAAAGGUUGUUCUCCAAGAUUCAAAUGACUUUUGUUCAAGGAUCAACAGCAUCAAUAUUUUAAUACACGGAAAAAUGGCAGAGGAUUGUGCAAAAGUUAUACGUCCUGGGGACACCUUUGUAGUUGCUGGAUUUAAGGUGGCAAAAUCACCUACAGCAAAAGAAGAUGGCAGGCAUGCUUACCACCUGAAGGUGUCUGAAGAAGCUGGAUCAGCCAUUUAUAUUUAUACUAAAAGGAGCACAAGUUCUGCUUCAGAAACAGCAUCUGUGUCUGUUGCACCAAAAUAUGUGUAUACGCCUCUGAAUCAUCUUAAAGAUGGAACAGUAGUGAACUUGUAUGGAAUUGUGAAAUUCUUCAAGCCUCCUUAUGUAAGCAAAGGAACUGAUUACUGCUCAGUUGUAACACUUGUGGAUCCAUCAAAUGCAAAGUUAACCUGCACUCUUUUUAGUGGAAAUCUGGAUUCCCUUCCAAAAAUUUACAAAAUUGGAGAUAUUGUUCGAUUUCAUAGAAUAAAGAUCAGGGAAUACAAUGGACAGAUGCAGGGAAUUACCAGUGGGGGAUUUGCAUCCUUGACGUUUGACGGUACCGUGGGCGCACCUGUAGUUCCUCGAGCCUCCAGUGGGAAAGCAAGAGUGGAUGGAUCUUCUUUUCUUCUAAAGGUGUGGGAUGGCACAAAAUGCCCCUACCCAACGUGGAAGGUACCUGUGGAAUCAAGAGACCUGGAAGGAGAGAGAGGUCUGCUUCAUCAGCUGCGGAAUCUGACAGUGGACAUUCUCGUCUAUGAUAACCAUGUACAACUGGCAAAAUCACUUAAGAUUGGAAGUUUUCUGAGAAUUUACAGUAUUCAUACGAAGCAAGCAAGUUCUGACAACCACGAUGUAUCACAUGUAGAAUUCCAUCUUCAUGGAGGCACCUGUUAUGGUCGAGGAAUAGGAGUCUUGCCAGAAAAUAACUCGGAUGUUAGAGAACUAAAAGAAUUCUUGGAAUCUGUGGAUCUGGCAGGCAGUCAGAAUUUGGAUAGCAUGUCUUCAGUGGAAUUAGAUGGCAUUUUUUGCAAUGUUGCAGAUUUUCAAUCACACUUACAGAGAUGUCAGCAAUUAUCUGUAACAGUAUUAACAGAUCAUCAGGAUUUGAAUAACACAGGACUGAGGACGAUUCUGAAUAGCACUGCUCCUCAACAGUACCGCAUUAGAGCAAAGCUGAGAACUUUCAAACCCCAGAAGCUCCAUCAGUCUAUUAAACUUCAUUGUUCCAAAUGCAAUUCUUUGAAGGAAGUUCCAAAUGGAGAUGACCUCAACUUAAUUUUACAAGAAUCUGCAGCUACUGCCCCAAACCCAGAAUUACACAAUACAUCCUGGUAUGAUUCUGUGUUGUGGACUACACAAGAUCAGAAACAAAGGAAAAUAGCUAUUCAUUUUGUAAAGCAUGAUGAAAUGCUUCAAGAGCCAGAAAAUACUUUGCUUAUGAUAGAAGGUGGAACACUAAAAGAAGUCUGGAAGCUUUCAAGAAAAUUUAAAUGUGUUAUUCCUGUGAGAUCCACUGAAGAUGAUCUUAAAUUACUAGAUCUUUCAGCUCCUUUCCUUUUACAGGGGAGUGUAAAAUAUUAUGGGUGCAAGCAGUGCUCAACUCCAAAGACUAUCAAGAGUCUAAGUACCCUUGCAGCAGAACAACGACCAUCAUGGGAACCAACUGAAAUAGCACAAGUUUUAGGUGUUGUGCCACUCCAGUAUGUUUUUAUUAUGAAGUUUACUCUAGUUGAUGGAACAGGAGCACUAAAUGCAUACCUUUUUGAUUAUGAAAAGUUUUUCCAAAUUCCUGCCUCUGAAAUCUUAACUAGCGAUUUUCUUCAACAGAAGAUGCAGAUGACCAUGAAUACACUCUGUCCUCCAGGAAGAAAACUAGAUGACUUGCCAUGGCUGGAAUGUUUCAUCAAGUCCUAUAACGUCACAGAUGGAAUGAAGCAUCAAGUUUAUUACCAGAUUUUUGAUACUACAGUUGCUGAGGAUGUUGUAUAGU